AUGGCCCUCACCGACAAACGCCGCAACUGGACGCCCGAAGAAGACGUAGUGCUGCUCAUCCAAGUCGCCGCCGACCUACCCUUUGCAGCUGAUAAGUGUCAAGUUACGAAGUCCUGGCAAUCCUUGGCGGACAAGUUGGUUGCCUGCGAACACUUCGAUCGUGUCGUCGACGGUCGCAAGGUGCAAAAUAGGUUUACGGCGCUGGUAGACGAGCACCGCAAAUUUGACACGGCAUCUGCAAAACUCUCAGGGGUCGACCAAGAGGAGUUGGAGAAGCAUACCCUGCUCGACGACUUGCUGCCGUUGCUGGACGAAGUCAAGAGCACUGCAGCAAGCAAGCGUGUAAAAAUGGAAGACGAAAAAGACAAGAUCGAACAAGGCGGUAUGUUGGUUUCUUUUUUUGUGGACGAAGUGAAAAAGAAACCUGCGGUCGAAAAUCGUCGCAACAGUUUGGUGGCUGCGAUUGAGGCUGACAGCGAGCGCAAAUUGGCAAGUCGCGUGAAGCAACUGGAAUUCGAUCGGUUCAACACGCAUUGA